CUGCUUGUUUCGUGAGACGAGCCGCGGAAACGUUUCCGGUGAUCCCAUUGGAUACUUUCCUUUACGUCAUGACGUUAUGUUCCUGCGAAGGGGCGGAAGCAGCGGGAGAAACAGCAGCAGCAGAAGUUGCCGAAGGAUGCUUAUCUUCCAGCAUGUGGUGACUCAGCCCUGACGGCUCAGUGGGUCCAGCAGCAGCCAUCUAGCUUGGAUGAAGGAUGAAGAGCCCAGUGCACAGAUGCAGGGAUGUGGAGCACGCACGGGGGCAGACUGGGCUUGGGGACGGGGCAGGAGUCAACUGCCUACAGUCCGAGCAGCGCAUCCCUAUCUCCAAAGAAUUCAUCACCUCCUCGUCUGCCUCUGCCAUGUGGUUCAUUAGAGAUGCCUGUGGGAUUGUGUGCGCCAUCAUUACCUGGCUGCUCGUGCUGUACGCUGAGUUUGUGGUGCUGUUUGUAAUGCUGCUGUCAUCCAAGAAUUUGACAUACAGCAUUGUAAAUGGAAUCCUGUUCAACACUCUGGCCUUCCUCGCCCUAGCCUCACACCUCAGGGCCAUGUGCACUGACCCUGGAGCAGUGCCAAAAGGGAAUGCUACGAAGGAAUACAUAGAAAGCCUUCAGCUAAAACCAGGCCAGGUGGUCUACAAAUGUCCCAAAUGCUGCAGCAUCAAGCCUGACCGAGCACACCACUGCAGUGUUUGCAAGCGCUGCAUACGGAAAAUGGACCACCACUGCCCCUGGGUCAAUAACUGUGUUGGGGAGAACAACCAAAAAUACUUUGUGCUUUUCACGAUGUAUAUUGCACUAAUCUCCCUCCACUCUCUGGUCAUGGUGGUCUUCCAUUUUCUUUACUGCUUUGAAGAUGACUGGACAAAGUGCAGUUCCUUCUCCCCUCCAGCAACCGUCAUCCUCCUCAUUCUCCUGUGCUUUGAGGGUCUCCUCUUUCUCAUCUUCACCUCUGUGAUGUUUGGCACCCAAGUCCACUCCAUCUGUACCGACGAGACAGGCAUAGAGCAAUUGAAAAAGGAAGAGAGAAGAUGGGCUAAAAAAACUAAGUGGAUGAACAUGAGGGCUGUGUUUGGACACCCAUUCUCCUUACUGUGGUUUAGUCCCUUCUCAACCCCUGACCAUGGCAAAGCUGAGACAUACCAGUAUGUGGUGUGAGUGGUCAGCACAGGGAACGAGGCGGCCAGGCCUAAACCAGUGGGGGUCCAGCUUGGCCUCACUCAGUGCCAACUAUGGUGGUCUGUUGCUCCCAGUGCUGACAGGAUUUACACUACGUGUCGCACACUAGCUAUGGAGAGCUUUUCAUCUGCUAUUUUGUUGCCAAACGGAGCUGUAUGUUACCUUGUAUUGCCUCAAGUGAGUCAAGUUGCAGGGAUAAAGAAACCUUUUCAGUUUGUGAACACUGUUUAGUUUACUGAUCUACUUCUCUCCUUCUUGUAUCACAAGCCUUCUCUGUUUCCGCUUUGUAUCUGCUCUUGAUCUUUUUUUGAAGGGUUAUUACAGCUAAAUUACCAAAAAGAGACAAAUUUUAUUGCCUGGCCAUUUAGGUUUCUUCAGUUUUAGGUGUUGAUGUUAAAGGUAUUCACAUCUAAAACAUAACAGAAUGGAGUUUUCUGUAGAGCAGCUAUAUUUGUUCAAUUCCAUCAUCAUAAAAACAAAAGAAAUGAUCAAUAAUAUGAUGAUCAUAUGUCCCCCAGCCUGCCUGGAUUUCUUGUACUGUCUUUGGUUUUCCUGACUAAGGUCAAUUUAGAUUGGUACAGACCCAGUGACUAGGUCUCGUUACUGCUUAUUGUGCAGGUUAAGUGCAUGUUCUUCCAGUGGGUCUGCUUCUUGCAAAAACUGGAAAAAUAAUUUUAAUGUCCAAUGAUUCUGUAUUUAAGAUGACGAUUGACUAUCAGCAAACUAAGAUCUGCCACUGAGCUGAGGAUGACUUUACUGGGAUACAAGUGUUAAAAUGUCUUUUUCUUAAUUUGGAGUGAAAUAACCCUUCAAAGUUUCUUCCUGCCUUGUAUUAAUCCUGACUGAAGUAGUGGCUUCAGAUUGUAUUCAGACCCUGUUCGUGUUGAGUAUCUUACUUUUUAAGAGAUUUCAUUUUGAACUAAUUGGAUUCAUAGACUUCCACAUGACUCCAAUUAAUCUUGUACACACUGUACAUGUAUAGAUAAAAAGGACUCGGCAGUCAUCUGGCCGUUGUGAUAGUAAUGACUGUAAAACAAACGGCAGAAAUGUGAGUGUGAAUGAGUGGGUCUGAAUAUUUUCUGAAGCCACCAGGCGUGAAACAUUCAGAAUCCUCUCUGAUACUUGGUUCAUCCUCUGCGUGAGCAUGGAUGAACACUCUGCACAGAGAAAUGGCUUAGUGGAGAAAAAACAAGUAGAGAGAUCCAAGAAACAUGCAAUAUAUAUAAUAAUAACAACAACUAUAAUCCUUUAUUUGUCAUAUGUCACAAUAGAAUUUGUCCUCUGCAUUCAACCCAUCCCCUGGGGGAGCAGUGGGCAGCCACACAGGGUGCCCGAGGGGCUAAAACCAUUAACGCAAGAGACAGCAGCCUUCUAAAGCUUGGGGUUGUAUGGUAGGGGUGUAGGAAACGUUACACAUCUGCACCCAGAUUAUUUAUUUUUUGUAUUCAAACCAAAAAAAACAUGUCCAGAUUUUAAUGUCUGUUUGCUUUUCUCUAGAUUCUUCCCAUGCUUAUCAAGGAUGUUAAAGUGAUUCCAGUCAGUAUAAAUGUUAACCUCAUCGUGUGCAUGAUGGUUUGCCAGUUUAACGGGUCCUGUGCUCUGAGCCAAUGUGCUGUUUGGAUGUUGUGACCGUGUGCCAAGUUCAGUGAAGUUCGCGAUCUUGAUUAUUCGGGGAAGCUUGGAUAGAAACAUUUUCAGUUAUCUUGUCUUGAAUGUGGAAAAUGAAAGCUUGUUGGAGCUGAAGGAAAAGCCACUAGCAGCUUUCUGAAUUCCCAACUACUUCAAACCACUGAAGUGCUACCUUUAACCAUUUACACAAGUACUGAAUUGGCUUUUUUACUUUAUUACUAUUGUUUGAGGUUUUCUCCUGUGUGAAUUGCUAUCAUUUAGUGUGCAUUUUACUCCUCUGUUCUUUGCUUACAUGAUAUCGUAUGUAUCCUUUUGUUAUCUGAAUGCAUGGUAGAGCUGACGUUUAGUAUUGUAUGAUGGUGGAAAUGACUUUUUUUUUUACCAAGAUUUUAAUGAUUUUUAAUUUUUUUUGAUGAUAUUUGCGCACAUGCAGAGAGAAUAAACAUUUCUCAGCUGCGACGCAGAAAUGGCGUUGGUUGGCUUUUGUGGGUGUUUAUUUCGUGGAGCAGUGGCUUCAAAAAGCAUUCAGCCUCACCGUUUGCCCAUCCUGCACUGUACGCUUUAUGUUACAUUGAUAAAUUUGAAUGCUUUGGCUGGAGAUUAAUUGGAGAACGUGAUGACAUGCAAAGUCAUUUUGGGAGCUUGGAGUCUCUUUAGCACCUCCCUUCCACAGGAUCUGAUUUCUCUGAGCUGACAAUCGCAGAAACAUCAUUUCUCAAUUACUGAAGCCACCCUUCCUGUACAAAUGGGUUAUUUCCCUGUCAUGAGGUCUACAGAGAGCUUGUACUUAAUAACUUUGUGUGUGUCCUGCCAUGCAGCUUACAGGACAUAAUGAGAACAAAUCACAGGUCCUUUCAUGGGUUAAGUGUAGCAAGUGUGGUAGAAUGGACAAAUGUGGUCAGUACUUCCUGAAGCCAUUGUGUGCAUUUAGUUAUUAAUUACUAAUCCAUGAUUGAUCCGGUACAUGGUGAUCUUUAGCUGCUUUAUUUGUCACUGCAUCAUGCACAGUAUGUAAGACACACUGGUAUUUUAAGACCAUGGUCAUCCAUAGUGUUGGCUGCGACUCAUUAGGGCAGUUGGUCACAGACAAGAUUGUGUUCCUCAUACCCACGGUGCCUGUCCACAAGAGAAUUAAAAAAGUAAUCAACUAUUGCUGUCAUAUCAGUGAAUAAGUGAGCGACAGGUACUUUUAAGUUGACAUAGAAAGACAGGUCUACAGCACUGGCGCAACUGAAAUAAUUCUUGAGUGUGUCAGAGUUCACGGUAUCUGAGCAUUUUGCCAGCCACAGAGUCUGAGCCUUUUUACCUACAAAGUCAAAUUGUUACAUUCAGUCAUUAGUUUUCAUUCUCCUCCAGUAUGUGGCAGAGCUCAGCUGUUAAUGAGAACAGUUGUGAAAUGCUUGGGGCAUCUCUAAUUUCUACGUUUUCUCAUUUACCUGUCAUUUCCUGCAUUAUUAAAUUUGCCCUGUCCUUGUCUUUCAUUCUGUUCCCACUUUACUGUGUAUAACCUGCCUGUUUAUAACCUGCACUCAUGCAUUUGCUUUGGUCGAGAACUCGCUCUGCCAAAAGCUUUCUGAAGCAGACAGCUCUUUAGACUCUUGACAGAGGUAAGCGCAUUUGAAUUAAAAAGCCAAAAUGCACCUCUUUCAUUCACCGUUUCUUCACUUUCAAACUCAAACUCAUAACAUAAAUAAAUGCAUGAGCUCUGUAAAUGCAUGCACUGGUUCAACUUCUGCAAGAGUUUGUUUCUCAUCUCUCAAGUGCAUGUGAUUCAUUUUGUUUAACCUUGGGCAUGUUUCUCAAAAUGGAAACGAAUGUGUCUGAUGCAAAGUACGAUAUUAGUCACUAAACCACUAAACUUCACCUUAAUUCAGCCCAAGCCCCCGCAGAAAGCCAAAGAGAAAAUGUUCUCUGCUCUCGGACUGGUCUACCAUACAAAGCAAAACCAGGUCAAAUCUACUCCUUUACACCCAUUAUGAAAGUUAUAGAAGCAUUUUCUUUACUUUGACAUCUGACAAACUACUGACAUCACUAUGAG